AUGAACGACAAGGAGGCCAGUGCAGCAGCGUCUUCGUCGUCCGAUCAUCCCCCACCAACACAGGGUGCAUAUGCCCGUGUCCCACAACAGAAUGCGUACCCUACCACAACCACACUCCCUACGCAACCCGAUUUGUCCUCGACACAGCCGACGACAAUGAUGUCUCCAGUUUCGCCUAUAACACCAGGAGGCCAAGCACCAUGGGCGUCAACAUCAACUUUCGGAGGCGCAACAGCAACGGGAGCCGGAGCUGGAGCUGCAACGGCAGCCGCAGGGCAUGCACUACACAGCUCCACCCCAGCGCCUAGAUACUCCGACGAAAAGCCACCACAGCGCCACCAAUACAUCGAUUCGAAGAUACCGGAAAGUAACGAGAUGCCUACAAACGCAAAUGUCUGGGAAAUAGAUGGUAGGGAAAUGCCGCCACCUAGCGAACUCGAUGCAGGAAAGAGAGACGGGUUGAACUUGGGGAACAUAGGAAGUAAUGCACAGGCACAAGGGCAGACUCAGCAACAAGAAUAUGUUGCGUACAGGCCGCCGAGCGUAGGGAAUGGACAGUCGAAUUGGAGUGGACAGAAUGGCGAGUUUUCGGGUAACAAACCGGUUGGUCAAGCCAUUUGA